AUGAGCACGGAUCUAGAGCGUAUGUCGCUCAACUCCUCCUCAGCCAACUCCGUGGCCUCGAGUGCCCGCACGCUGUCAGCCAACGUCAAGAAGCUGCACAACGCGCUCAACCUGCUACUCAACGAAUUGGAGCGGGAGCAGUUCAUCCACUGCCUCAACGUGUACCACUCCAAGCGUAAUGUCUACGACCUGGUUCAAACACUUAAAGUCAUCCUCAAUGCGCCCAGCAAACGCCAACUUCUGCCCAUGCUACGGCAGGUCAUUCCCCGCUCCGACCAGCUUUUGUUUGACCAGCACACCUCGGAGGGCCUUUACUUGAAAUCGGAUUUACUUGCCAGAAAUGGGAGCGCCGAAGCGUUGGGCGAACCUCCAGGAGAGGUUCGACAAGUGACCCUGAAACGGCACAAGAGCAACGAGGGCUUGGGUUUCAGUAUCCGCGGAGGCUCGGAGCACGGGGUCGGCAUCUAUGUGUCUCUGGUGGAGCCGGGAUCCCUUGCCGAAAAGGAGGGACUAAGGAUUGGGGAUCAGAUUAUGAAAGUCAACAACACAGUGUUCGAUAAAGUCACGCACGCUGAAGCAGUGAAGGUGUUGAAGGGCAGUAAGAAGCUGUCCCUGUGGGUGCGGUCGGUGGGGCGUAUCCCGGGUGGUUAUGUCACUAAUCAUGUGUACACCUGGGUGGACCCUCAGGGUCGCAGUGUGACCCCUCCCCCUGACCUCCCAGAGCACCGCAGUGCCACCCUGAGACGCAACGACAGCCAGCGACGCAGCAACAUGCAGCUACUGCAGGAGGGAGACGAGAAGAAGGUGAACUUGGUAUUGGACGAUGGCCGUUCGCUGGGUCUGAUGAUCCGGGGAGGGGCAGAGUAUGCCUUGGGGAUCUACAUCACAGGAGUGGACCGGGGCUCUGCUGCAGAGUGUGGAGGACUCAAGGUGGGUGACCAGAUCCUGGAGGUGAACGGGCGCAGCUUCCUGGGCAUCCCACACGACGAGGCGGUGCGCAUGCUCAAGUCGUCGCGCCACCUGAUGAUGACGGUGAAGGAUGUGGGGCGCCUGCCGCACGCCAGGACGGUGGUGGGGGAGACCAAGUGGAUCACUAGCUCCCAGAUAGCAGAGAGCUCCGCCAGUGGCAGCGUGGCCGGCUUGUCCAUGGACCAAGGAGCCUCUGCAUCAGGAAAGCGUGGCAUCAUGUCAGCCUGUAGGGAGAGAGGGACGCUGGCAUUGCAGCCAUGUCACGCGGUGGGCCCCAGUGUUAUUGAGUGUGAGGGCAUCAGCAGGGGGAGGCGGAGGGGUGUCGUGGGGGACGGCAUCAACGUUGGAGCCUCACGUGGGCAGUGUCCCAAACCUCUACUGCGCGUCGGAACCACUCCUCCACCAAAGGGGCUUCAGUCUGGCUCAGGUACCAUGGAGCCAGGGCCAGGUGGUACCCCAGGACGCACUGAAAGGGAGACAACCCGGUGGAGGAGUGACGAACCGGUGUUCUAUAAGGGUGUGGCGGGCUCCCAGGUGACCCUGUCCAGCCUGGUGAACCAGAGCAGAGCCAUGCUGGAGGAACAGGCCCGCCACCUGCUGACGGAGACAGAGAGGCAGACCAUGGGCUACUACGUGGAGGAGUACCGAGACGGACACAUAGAGGUGGAGCAACUGGUCAUGGCCCUGUUUGAAUUGCUCAACACACACGCCAAGUUCUCCCUGCUAUCAGAGGUGCGUGGCCUGGUGACACCCCAGGAUCUGGAGCGUUUCGAUGGGAUGGUGCUGCGCCGCGAGAUCCAGGCUUUGAAGGCCCGGCAGGGGGGUGCCAGUGCGGCCGCCCUCCACCCUGACUCCCUCUCCAUGGUUUCCUACCCAGAUACCCUGGCCUCCUCGUCAGCCAGCUACAUGACCUCCACCACCCUCAGCUCAGCACGGAAUGACAGUACGGUGGAGAGUAAUGGGGGGGAUACUCAGGAGAGUCUGGAUGCGCUGCCUGACAUAUCUCUGGAUGAGGUGCACUCCACGUCCGAAUCUCCCCCCACCUUCAAACCUCCACCCCCUCCAGGGGUGCAGAGACGCCCCAGUAGACGGGACCAGGUCAAAAAGCUUCCCUCCUCCGAAUCCUCCCAUUCUGGGCUCUACUUCACCGCCCCCUCCCGUAACCCCCACAUUGACCAGAGGGGGGAGCAAGGACCCCCCUCCUCACCCAAGGUCCCCCCCAAAAAGGAUCCCUCAGUCCCCCCGAAGAAGGACCCCUCUGCCCCCCCUAAGAAGGAGAUGGCAACUGCCCAGCUCUCCAUGGUCAACAAGCACCCUAUAGGCCCCUUCCCCCGAGUCCAGUCCCCUACUAGGACCACCAAGCCUGCCGCCCCCUCUCCAUCUCCACCCCCUCCGCCGCCGCUCACUGCCCCAUCCGCACCGCCUCCACUUCCCCACAGCCAGGACAAGUCCUCCCCUGGCUCCAACAAACAGCACUUUGUCAUGGUGGAGGUCCAUAGGCCCAAUGCAGAGUCUGAUGUCAACGAGGUGCGGUCACUGCCCCAGGCACGAGGUGCCAACCUGUCCCAGCUGUCAGACAGUGGACAGACGCUGAGCGAGGACAGCGGCGUGGACAUUGGCGAGUCAGGGCGUUUCAGCAAGGAAAGCAGUCCCCGUCCCGCCCGCAUACGCCCCCCACGACAUCCCCAGGGGGCAGGAGGGGACACCCCCGCCAAACCGCCGGGUCUCUUGGAGCCCACCUCCACACUAGUGAGGGUGGCAAAGAGUGCCAGCACCCUCGGCAUCGCCAUCGAAGGGGGUGCCAACACUCGCCAGCCCCUGCCACGCAUCGUCACCAUACAGAGGGGCGGUUCGGCGCAUAACUGCGGGCAGCUGCGGGUGGGUCAGGUGAUCCUGGAGGUGAACGGGAUUUCCCUGAGGGGCCGGGAGCACAGGGACGCCGCACGCCUCAUCGCAGAGGCCUUCAAGACCAACGAGAGGGACCACGUGGACUUCCUGGUCACUGAGUUCAACGUGGCGCUAUAG